UUACCCACGUCAGGAAGAAGGAAGACUGCAGCUGUUCUGGCUUCAUUUCUGUCAGUGUAAACUCAGUGUGAGCUGCUCCCCUGUUUGUCUGUCUGUCUGUCUGUCUGUCUGACUGUCAGUCUGUCCAUCCAUGCCAUCUGUGUAAACCUGCUCUGUCCGGGAUAUUCUGCUGUUUCACCGGACCUCACGUCUCUGGAAUGAGUUUUAUCAACUGGAGGCGAAGCGUGAAGAAAAAUGACAGCAAAAAAGAUGUCGCACAGGGGCAAGACAUGCCCGACAGUCCGGACUCCCCGAGUCGGUUGUCAGUCAUAAACAGUCCAGAGAUGGAUCCCAUCAUCACAGAUUUCAGGUUACAUCUGCCCGGAAACAAUAAUGGUCCAGAAUCAACAAAUCCAUCUAAUGGGUGCUUGCGGUCAGACCUGUCGCUGGCUCUGGAGGACUGCAUGUCUGCCUUGGAUCUGUUCCUCAGAAACCAGUUUGAGGAGGCACAGGCCCAGCUCAGAUGCAGAACCAAAGACAGCAUGUAUCACGCUCUCACCUAUGCCACCAUCCUGGAGAUGCAGGCCAUGAUGACAUUUGACCCCCAUCACAUUCUGGCUGCAGGAAACACCAUGAAGGAGGCCCAGGCUCUCUGUCAGCGGCAUCGCAAGAAGUCCAGCUUCUCCAAGAACUUCACAGAAGAGGAACUCCAUGCAGAGGUGUGUUUCGCCGAAUGUCUCCUGCAGAGGGCAGCGCUCACCUUCCUUCAGGAUGAAAACAUGAUCAAUUUCAUCAAAGGGGGAAUCAAAGUGAGGAACAGCUACCAGACAUACAAAGAACUUCACACGGUCCUCCAGUCGGCUGGAUACAUUCACGGGGAAAACCACGGCCAUUUUGAAGGUGGUGUAAAACUGGGAGUAGGAGCUUUUAAUCUCAUGAUCUCCAUGUUGCCCACGCGGACGCUCAAGCUGCUGGAGUUUGUCGGUUUCUCUGGUAAUAAGGAGUUUGGUCUGCAGCAGCUACAAGAGGGCUCUGCAGAAAGCACAUUCAGAUCUUUCCUAUGUAACAUGCUGCUGCUGUGUUAUCACACCUUCAUGAGUUUUAUACUGGGCACAGGAGAGGGAGAUGUUGAAGAUGCAGAGAAACUACUGCAGCCAUAUCUCAAAAAAUAUCCCAAGGGAUCCAUCUUUUUGUUCUUCGCUGGUCGAAUCGAGGAGAUUAAAGGAAACCUAGAUGCUGCUAUCAAGCGAUUUGAGGAGUGCUGCGAGGCUCAGCAGCAGUGGAAGCAGUUCCACCACAUGUGUUACUGGGAGCUCAUGUGGUGCUUCACAUACAAGAGGCACUGGAAGAUGGCCUACUUCUACGCUGACCUGCUCAGCAAGGAGAACUCCUGGUCCAAGGCUACCUAUGCGUACAUGAAAGCAGCCUACCUCAGCAUGCUCACUGCAGAUGAUUGCCUAACCUUCGGGGAGACUGCACUCACUCUGUUCAGGCAGGUCCCUGGGCUGAAGCAGAAAAUAGCAGGGAAAUCUUUACCAACAGAGAAGUUUGCUAUCAGGAAAGCACGUCGCUACCUUGCAGAAAGCCCCAUUCCUCUUCCUGCUCCUCCGCUGGAGAUGAUGUACAUCUGGAACGGUUAUACAGUCAUUGGCAAACACAGAGACUUGACAGAGGGCAUGCUUAAAACACUGGAAGAGGCCCAGGCUAAACUUGAGAGCAGGAAUGAGUUCUCCAUAGAUGACCAGUGUCUUCUGAGCCUCUUAAAGGGACUGUGUCUCAAACACCUGGGGCACCAAGAAGAGGCCGAACACUACUUUACUCUGGUCCUCUGCAAUGAGAGUCAGAUUAAGUAUGACCAUUACCUGGUUCCUAAUGCCCUGCUGGAGCACGGCCUGCUGUGUCUGGAGAAAGGCCGAAAAGAUGAAGCUAUCAAACUGCUUGAAGCCGCCAAGCAAAAUUACAAAAACUACUCGAUGGAAUCUCGGACACACUUCCGGAUUCAGGCUGCUCUGCUCAAAGCAAAGGCUAUGGGGGAGAAUGGCAACCACGUUCCCUCCAGCCCGUAACAGACGUGGGAGGGAACAGCCUUUUUUCUUUUUACAUCAGGAAAGUAGAGGAAGAGGGAUGGUUGUUUUUUUUUUGUAUGUGCGCCACCCUUAUAGGGCACUGCAUCUCUAUGUGACCUUGGGAUGGGUGGGUUUAAUAAGCCGUCUUCCAAAGUGAAAUUAUGUUGAACUCCUCUUCCUUUUAUAUCAAAGACAGACAAGUUGAGAAAUGAACCUAUAUUUAUGAAACAUUGCUUUAGCAGGCUGGGUUGUCUAGCACUGUGACCAUACAUAAGGGGCACACCUUAUAAGGUAGAAAACAAGGUUAAAUUAUGUAGUAUAUAAUAUAAAUUACUUCAGCUACUAGUCCAGGAUAAGAUUAAGCCUAGUCCAUAGUGGUAAGCUUGGAUCUGGCAGAGCCAAAGCACCAACCACCCCCCAUAGAUUUACUGACAUCAACUCCCUGUGGCCUGCAUUUGAAUAUUUUGUUACAAAGCCUUCCCACUUCUUAUGAUCAAAUAUAAAUUAGAGAUAAUAUAUUAAAUGACUUAUGAUGAAGGAUGAUACAUAUUUAUUUGUUGACAUCAUCAUCAGGUAUAACUGAAAUUUUGUGACUUACCUAUUUUUAGAUCAAAACCACUUGGAUUGAAUUAGAUAUACAUGAAUGAGUGUGGGUUUCACUUUUACACUAUGACAGCUUUUGGUUUAUAGAGUGCCUCAGAGUAAAAUAUUUAUUUUGAAUAUUAUUCCUUUCCUGAAAAUAUUUUGAAAUGCUGACACACUGUUGAAAGAAAGAAAUGUUCAAAUCUGUAAUGAUGAUGUAUUUCAGUGUCAUUUGCAGUUUUGUGUAAAGAAGGAAAUGUGCACAGAGCUAGGCAAAGAAAGUCUCCAGAGUUCAACUAUUUGAAUUACAGGUUAUAUACUGUAAAUGGCAUCUACUACAAAAAUUGUCCCGUUUUAAGAGGACAGAUGAAUGUGUCUUUUAGAAAGGCAAACUCCCUCCUUUUCUCCUCCUGGCGUGUGGGACAGACUCCAACAGCACUUGAGCCUGAACAAACAGGCCAUUCAGGCAGAGCAGCAAAGGACUGUGAGCGUGUCUGCCUGUUGCAUCUUUAGUGAGUGAAGAAGCUCUGAAUGGCAACUACCAAUUCCUCCUACUUCCUCUUCUGCUCCUGUUUGAGGUCUGCUUGAAACUACCACCUGCAGAAGGACUUGAACUACAAUCUUGUCAUAUAAUAAUCUGUAUAUCAACAAAUCCUUGCAAUGCUUGUCAUGACAACAAGGGGUCACCUCUAAUUGUGUUUGUGAUGACGUUGUUUGAAGGGCUGUGUCCAAGCAACACAGGGUCAAAAGAGAAGGAACCCAGAUGGUGUCUCAAGUGUUGCAAUUAGACCCCUGCUUAUUUAUGCAUUAGAUUAAGGGUUAGGAUUCCGUAGGAUGACUAGAGUAAAUUUCAUUGUUUUAUGGUGGAGGAAAUUAACUUUCAAAUUGCUUUAAUAGCAACCACUAUCUGGUUUAUUCCAAUGACAGAAUAUUUUAUUAUCUUGUAAUUAAUUGGCCAAUAGUCUUUUUUCCCCCCCUUUUGAUUUGUGGUUUUAUCUAAAAGUUAUUCUUAACCGAUUUAGUGGCAUUGUGAUGUUUACAAUCAGAAUAUUUUACAGGGCAAGGCUACCACUGACUAGAAUGACAUUCCUGUACAUACUGAAUGUUUCUAUUGUAAUUUAAGAUGAAAUGAUGAAACGCUUCUAAACAACA